AUGGAGUAUAUUUCGAAAGAGGAUCGUUCAAAAUUGAAAUAUCCAGAGUACUGGAACAGGGAACCCAACACAUGGGGAACUUUAGGUGAUGAGUUGAGAUGUUUAAAACAAUUAGGGUGUCAGUGUAAUCUAUGGUUAAUCCAGCAGACGAGUUCUGAGAUGGUUUUAACGAGCUUAAAACCGAUGGGUAGUGGCGAGACCACGUGGCCAUAG